AUGGUUGAAUUCAAAGAGUCCAUGAUGAAGGAAUUUGAUAUGACAGACUUAGGUAAGAUGAAGUAUUUUCUUGGUAUUGAGGUAGUUCAGUUUGAUGGUGGUAUAUUCAUCAGUCAGGCGAAGUACGUGAUGGAAGUGUUGAGGAGUUUUGGAAUGGAGCAUAGCAAUUUCGUUGAAAAUCCAAUGGUUCCAGGAUUCAAAAUCUCCAAAGAUGAAAAUGGUAUUGAGAUGGAUGGUUCAUUCUUCAAGCAGCUGAUUGGGAGCAUGAUGUACUUGACCGCUACGAGUCCGGAUAUAAUGUAUGCAGUAAGCUUAUUAAGCAGGUAUAUGUCAAGGCCUACAGAAGUUCAUCAUUCGGCAGCCAAGAGAAUUCUACGUUACUUGCAAGGUACAACAACGUUUGGUAUUCUUUACAGAAGGGGAGGAAGUCAUGAGUUGAUUAGUUUUACUGACAACGAUUAUGCCGGAUCAAUGGAAGAUAGAAGAAGCACCUCAAACUAUGUUUUUAUGCUAAGUGGAGAAGCUGUGACUUGGUCUUCUCGAAAGCAGCCGAUCGUAACACUAAGCACAACCGAAGCUGAAUUCAUUGCAGCUGCAGGAAGUAGUUGUCAAGCAAUAUGGAUGUAA